CAUCUGAUGACCCCCUUUUUAACAAAUGUAAUAGUGGGGAGAGUAAAAAUGUAAAUAAAUAGAACAUAACCUGCAAAUUAAGGACCAAAUGUUCAUAUAAAUAUUAAAUAUAUUGGCAUAAGUUCGAUUACAAAAUGUGUGGAAUUCACCGGCUUUCAAGAAUCUUUCAGCCAAUAACAGCUGUACCGAAGAAUACAAAUUUAACACACAAGGAUUUCAUGUCUAAAAGCCAAAGGCUAAUGUUGGAAUUAGGAAUCAUUCAUCAAGCUAUUCCUGGCUGCUUUCAUUUUUUGCCUUUGGGUGUAAAGGCAUUAGAAAAAGUCAUAAAUAUUGUCGAUGAAGAAAUGAAGAGUAUUGGUGGGCAAAAAGUAAUUUUUCCUACACUUGUAAAGACUGAACUUUGGGAAAAAAGUGGUAGGAUAAAUGCACUGGGACCAGAACUUAUAUCUCUUAAGGACAGGCAUGAUCACAAUUAUAUAUUAGGCCCUACUCAUGAAGAGACAGCAAGUUAUUUAUUAUCAACCCUUGCGCCAAUGUCCUACAAAAAAUUCCCUUUGCUUCUGUACCAAAUAACUUCAAAAUUUAGAGAUGAAAUGAAGCCAAGAUUUGGACUUAUUCGAGGAAGAGAGUUUUUAAUGAAGGACAUGUAUAGCUUUGAUCUAAACGAGAAGGAAGCCAUGAAAACUUACAAUACAGUAAUUCAAAGUUAUAAUAGGAUAUUUGAACGGAUAGGUGUUCAUUUUGUCAAAGUUAAUGGAAGUUCUGGUGCAAUGGGAGGCAAUUUAUCACACGAAUAUCACUAUCCUGCAGAAAUUGGGGAUGAUAAGAUUUUCAUUUGUCACCAAUGUGACCAUAAAACAAACACAGAACUUAUUAAAGAAGAUGCAUGUCCUAAAUGUGGAGAAAGUAAAAAUAUUACCCGUUCAACAGCAAUAGAAGUGGCACACUCCUUUUUCUUUGGUGACAAAUACGCCAAACCUUUAAAUGCUAAUUAUUUAGAUAAAAACACAAAACCUCACGCAUUACAAAUGGGAAGCUAUGGUAUUGGAGUUAGCAGAAUUUUGGGGGCGGCUUUAGAAUGUCUUAGUUUGGAGCAAGAGCUGAGGUGGCCCGAUAGCAUAGCUCCAUAUAAUGUAGCUAUUAUACCACCAAAGAAAGGAAGCAAAGAAGCGAAACUAACUGAGCAGUUAGGAGAAAACUUAUAUAGGAGUCUUGAAUCACACCUUCCUGAUCUUAAAUAUAAUAUUUUACUAGAUGACCGGGAUUCUCUUACUAUUGGUAGGCGAUUAUUGGACUGUAGAAGAACUGGCAUUAGGUAUAUCGUAGUUUUAAAUAAAAUGUCUUGUGAAAACCCUCCAAUUUUCGAACUGAAUGACAUUGUAGAAAAUAAACAGUUAUAUCUUGGUAAAAAUGAAAUUAUUACUUAUAUAAAAGAUAAUGGAAAUGUAUUGCAUUUGGCUAGAAGUAUGGUGUAAUUACCAUAUUUUUGUAUGGUAUGUUUUAGACUGUAGACCAGUAUACUUGUUAUGUUAUUGUAAUAAUAAAACUCAAAAAUUAGUUUUA